AUGGCUAUGAACGUGGAUUUCAACGCCUUAAAGGCGCGGACUAUGGGGUCCGGAGCCGACGAGGAGGCUGUGACGGUCGAUACAAGAGGCUUGAUCUCCAAAGUACUUGCUCGUUAUUCUGGGAAAUGGACGGUCCUGAGAGAAAUGAUUCAAAAUGCCGCUGAUGCUUCUGCAACGAAAGUGACUAUCAAGUUCGAGACUAUUCCAUCAACCACUGUGCCAUCUCCUUCAUCAAAUGACCCCACCGCACAUCUGAAGCAUACUAUCACAAAUCACACUCUACGGCGUCUUCUCAUAUCAAACAAUGGCGCUGCGUUCAGUGAAAAGGACUGGGCAAGACUGAAGCGCAUCGCGGACGGCAACCCUGAUGAAACGAAAAUCGGCGCAUUCGGAGUGGGCUUUUACAGCGUUUUUGAUGAUUGUGAGGAGCCGUUUGUGUCUUCCGGCAGCCAAGCCAUGGCCUUCUACUGGAAAGGGAAUGGACUGUUCACCCGCCGACUGGAUCUCGGUGAAGCUGCAAGUCCGGAUACUACCUUUGUUUUAGAUUACCGCAAUGAUUCUUCCCCGGUUCCGCCGUUACUGCAGCUUUGCCAGUUUUUGUCGAGCAGUUUAACGUUUGUCUCUCUGCAGGAGAUAGAAUUAUGGCUAGAUGAUUGGAAUCUUCUGAAACUAUCGAAGAAGACAGCCCCCAGUGCCGACGUUCCCAUUCCUCGAGAUAUUGACACUAAGACUGCCGAAGGUCUGAUGAAAGUCAUCAAUGUCACUCGAGAAAUUGCCCAGGUUGAUGCUUCGUGGAUGAGAAUCGUGGAAUGGAAUCCAAAUGCAAGCAUGUUCCGCCUUGAUAAUCUUCGAGAUACAACCAGCUCUUUGAGAAGCUUUUUCUCUAAGUUUACACAGAGCACUCCAGAUAAACAGUCCGCUGCUCAGAAACAGGAACCUGAGCGGUUGGAGGAUUCAGGCACCAUGAAUACCAUGCUAUCGGCAUCGGUCUUUCUGCAUAUCAAUACCGCGUCGCUUCAGCCUUCUAUCAGGAAAGACCUGAGCAAAGAGCUGGAACGAGCCACACGAAAACCCCCGCCUAAGAGAGCAACUCUUGCAAUCUUGACUCCUUCCUAUGAUGUCAACCCGACCACCGGAGCGUCAUCACAGUCAGAGAUUCUCUCAUCAAUUCUACCUACGAAAGCCGGAAGGGUCUUUAUUGGCUUCCCUACCGCACAGACAACUGGUCUGAAUGCCCAUGUAUCUGCUCCAUCUGUCAUCCCGACCGUGGAGCGAGAGAGUAUCGAUCUCAACACUCGAUAUAUCAGCAAGUGGAACCUCGAAAUGCUACGAGCAGUUGGUAUUGUUUGUCGGAUUGCUUGGUCGGCAGAGAUGGCCGCGAUUAAAUCCAAACUCGCUCUCAAAUUUGGACCAUCUCGCUCAUCUAAGCUUCGGAAAGAAGACAUCGUGGAUGUGUUGCCAGAGGCUAUCCACACCGCAAAUCAAUUCGUGUUUCGCGAAUCUACCCCUUCUUCUGUUUUGGGACAAACAAUUGAGGAUGCGUUCUGGAUGUGCAACAAGAAUGCCUCUAUUGACAUCCUGUCUACAUGUGGUGUCAUUCCCAGCCACCAGACGCGAAUCGCACCCAAAGAUCUCAGCUUCAUGGAUUCAAUUCCUGCUUUGCCCGAAGAAUUCGUGCAAGGCUCCAAGGAAUUUGUCAAACGGCUUACAGAUUUCGGUCUAGUUACGGAAAUCACGGUAUCCGACAUCAAGCGCGAAUUAGAGUCCAGUACUUUGCGAUCUAAUCAAGUUCUUGAGUUCAUAUCGUGGCUCGGCCGUAAAACGGUGGCCGGCCAGCUUGAUAGGUCAUCGGUGCAGAGUCUGCUACGGGUAGCUGUGGCUAACGAUGAGGACAAGGAGGGGGCGCCUACUCGUUUGAUCAUUUUUGCAGAUAUUACCUGUUUCUUGAAUCCUCAACGUAUACCAGCAGACCUCCCUGUGCCGACGAGUGUGAUACCUUUCAGGUUCACGAAGACUUUGGGCAAGCAAGAGCUGGAAGCGCUGGGCUGGACCGAGCUGCACAUCGUUCCAUGGCUUCGUUGGAUUGUCAAUAAUUCCGGGGACCGCAAUAUCUUCUCAAUAGAUCAAGACAUCACACAAUGGGCAGCUUUCUCAGGCCAGGUCUUGCCUGUCUUGUCCAAGCAAUGGGAAACUCUGAGCCAAGCGUCGAAGCAAAGCGUUGUCGAUAUUCUUCGGCCCCAAACCGUGAUACCCACCAAACUUGGGAUGAAGCAACCCCCGCAGACGUAUUUUGCUUCCGUGCGCCUUUUCGACGACCUACCAGUGGUCCACGGUCUGAAUGGCGUCAAGGAAAAAAUUCUGGUCGCACUGGGCGUUCGCAAAACUGUCGAACUUGGCGUGAUUUUUGAUCGUUUGAUUAACUCUCCGCCGUCCAAUGACGAAAAAGGCUCCGGCCCUCGGAAAUGGAAUCACGUCGACCUGAUCCGAUACCUCGCCUCUGUACGAGAGGAUAUUCCUGUAAGCGAUAUACAGAGGUUGAAGGGGACCAAGAUCUGUACCGCCGAAAGUGGGAGAGGGUCGGAUAGCACGCGGUACAAAAUCUCUGAACUUUAUGAACCAAAGGACGCAUUGCGAGCUCUUGGGUUACCGAUCAUCGAGUGGCCAAGUACAUAUAUCAACAGCAGCAAUGAGGGCAGAUUCCUCACGAUGAUGGGACUCAAAAGCUUCCCAUCAGCUGUUGAACUCGUACGACUCAUGUCAGCUGGGAGCACGGAGAAAGACAGUCGAGCUAGCAAAGCUUUGUCGUACUUCCUCGGCGAGUACUACACAAACGGUUAUGCUUCGUUCGAAAUCAGCGCGGUCACAGUGCCCUUCCUACCUCUUGAAGGAUCCGAUAUCUUGAGCGUGCCGAAGAAAUGCUUCACCGAUGAAGGUGCGACCUUGUUUGGUUUCAAGCUCCUCAGACAUAAUCUGCAUCUCCAUGCGUCCAAACUGGGGGUAAAACCCCAUCCUCCGAUGGCAGAUUGCCUUCAAGUUCUUUCCAAGCACCCUCCUACUACCCAAAAGGAUGCCCGGAUCAUGUUCAAGUAUCUGGCAGGCAGAGUCACGGAUCUGAGCCAGCAAGACAUAGACCGUAUCAGCCAGACACCAAUCAUUCCGAUCCCCAUCCGUAAUCAAUCGGACAAAGGGGCUGGAGUCCGACUUGUGGCUCCCAGGCUAUGCUAUCUCGGAGACGGUGAGGACUACAAGGAUAUAUUUGACUUUGUCAAUUUUGGACAGGAGGCAAACCUCUUUCUCAUGGCCAUAGGUUCCAAACGAGAACCCACUAAGGUCGAGAUCGCACGGAUGCUGGUCAAAGAGCCAGCUCGCAUUUCUGCGGCGUUCCAAAGCUCAGAGAAAUAUCUCAUGCUCCUCAGAACCCUCGCCGAGCACAUCUCUGUGCUAAAGAAAGACAAAGACCUUUUCCUUGAGAUGAAAAGAGCGAAGUUCCUCCUUGCUAGUCGCGACAUCCCGCCUAAUGCUUCUGAUCAAGGCGGCAAAGGAAAGCCUGCUGGGAAGGACCUCCAUGAUGAAGAAGAUGAUAUGGACAUUAAGGAAUGGAGUUUGGCUUCCGCCAAAGAUGUUGUCGUGGUAGACGAUUUUCAAAGUUUCAAUCUGUUCAAAGAGCACAUUCUCGCUGCCCCCCAAGAAGAAACAUUGGAGGAUUUCUAUGCUGCUCUAGGUGCCAUCCCCUUGAGCGGUCUUGUUGAAGAACAAGCGCGAUUUGGUAGCAGGUCCAGCGAUCAAACCUCGGCAGUCAAACUGCAGAAACUCAUUCUCGAACGUGUACGACUUUUCUUGCAUGACCAACCUCCAGACUCUGUCCUACACGGCACCCGAUGGUUGGAAAAUUCCUUCAAGGUUCAGGUUGUGACCUCGAUCAGUCUCACGAGAUCCCUCAAAGGUCGACGUGUCUCGCACACCCAGGAUCGAAAAGCGAUUGUCGCACGCUUGGGUUCGGACUGGGGCAUGUGUAUUCGCCCAGGUCCAUACGACUUAUACGAGAUUAGUCAGUCCCUAGUGCAUCUCAUCCUGAAACGACCAAAGCUACACUCGACCUUGACACUGGAAAUGUUGUUGAAAACUGAUCUUUUGGAACUUCGGGCUCGCGGUUACAAUGUGGAACGUAUCCUGAGACAAAAGGCCCAAGAGGCUCGGAUUGCAGAAGACAAACGCCAAAAGCGACUCGAAGAGGAGCGACGGAUCUUGCAGGAGAGAGAAGCCGCUUGGGCAGCUGGUCAAGCUCAGCGCGACUCUCAGCAGGCCGAGCAAGAGCGUGCCCAAGCACAGGCUCAAGCAGAGGCUCAAGCACAGGCCGCGAAUGCCAUGCCCGGUGUGUUCCCUGAGUCGCCGAAGCACAAGGCGUUGCCCGAACAAGCGCAUGCCGCUUCUCCGGGCCCCGUACCAGAACGACCCAGUCGAGGCUUAUUUGCCAAUCUGACAAAACGAUUUGGCUUGGACAGCGGAAAAUCCGGUUCAGCGAGCUCUGAAGAGCAAUCCCGGUCUCUGCUUCCCGAGUCCUCCACUCCACCGCCGCCGCCUUACUCCCCCAAUGACCCCCAGACGCAGCAACAGCGACCCGAGCAACCUGUAAACGCCAACUCGCCACACCGACUAAACUCCGAGCUUCUCUCCGCUGUUCAAGCAUGCCGAGCCCACGGGUCCUCCGACGUGUACAGUCGUCCAGAAACGAAUCAAAUCCAGAAGAGCGAUUCCUACUGCGAUGAACGACCAAGCCACGACUUGGAGUUUGUUGCCACACUCCCCGGUUCCGGCAUGAACGUUCUGUUCACAAAGACGGUCACCGAGCGAUCCGCGUUCCUCUCUAAAAACCGCGCGGGCUUCAACCUGUUCGCUUCGAUCCUCCUUGAUUGCGGAUCCAUCUUCUCUAUGCGAUCCGACAGUCUCACUAUCUUCUAUGAUCCAGGCGGUAAGACGAUCGCAUUCAACCGGGCGGGCAGUAUCUUCUGCAACUACUGGUAUUUCCACACAUUGCAGGAGCAGGAGCUACUCCAAAGCGCGACUUCGGAUCGUACCGAGGCGAUUGUAUAUUGGUGGGUGAUUCUGUGUCAUGAGCUGGCGCACAACUUGGUCGGGGAUCACAGCUCUGCGCAUAGUUAUUACACUGAGGGAUUUGUGGCUCAGUAUUUCCCUAAAGUUGCUGUCAAACUCGCUUCGUUGUCGGCGCCUGCGCAGGCUUCCCAUCCUGGACAGUCGUGA